AUGGCUUCCAUCACACUCCCAUCCCUCCUCCGCACAUCCACGCGCUCACUGCGGCGGAGCGCCGUUCUCCCAGCAUUCGCCCCAGGUUUUGCGCGCAACCUAUCAACGAAACACCCAGUGGGCUUUGAGCCUCCAACUGAAGAAGAUCUGCUAGAGCUACGCGAGAGAGUCCAGGAAUUCACACGGCGAGAGAUUACGGCCGAGGUUGCCGCACGGACGGAUGAAUUGAAUGAAUUUCCUGCAGACAUGUGGAAGAAGUUGGGCGAUGCUGGUUUCCUUGGAAUUACUGCCAACGAGGAAUAUGGUGGGCUGGGAAUGGGCUACCAGGCUCACUGCGUUGUGAUGGAAGAGAUUAGUCGUGCCUCUGGAAGUAUCGGUCUCUCCUACGCCGCUCACUCCCAGCUCUGCGUCAAUCAACUCUCGUUGAACGGCUCACCUGAACAAAGGGCACGAUUCUUGCCGGGUCUGCUUUCCGGUGACAAGAUCGGUGCGCUCGCCAUGUCUGAGCAUUCCGCGGGCUCUGACGUUGUCAGCAUGAAGACCACCGCGAAGGAGGUUGACGGUGGCUGGGUACUGAACGGAACCAAGAUGUGGAUCACCAACGGUCCUGAUGCAGACUUUAUUGUCGUCUACGCCAAGACUGAGCCGGAGAAGGGCUCUAAAGGCAUCACUGCUUUUGUUGUCGAGAAGACUGCCAAGGGCUUCUCAUGUGCUCGCAAGUUAGACAAGCUUGGUAUGCGUGGUUCCAACACUGGCGAACUCAUUUUCGAGGAUGUCUUUGUUCCCCGUGAGAACCUGCUGGGCGAGGUGAACAAGGGUGUCAAGGUUCUCAUGGAAGGUCUGGACUUGGAGAGACUCGUUCUAAGCGCAGGACCACUCGGUAUCAUGCAAGCCUGCCUCGACCUAGUCCUUCCAUACACCCACAUCCGAAAGCAAUUCGGCACUCCCAUCGCCCACAACCAAUUGAUCCAGGGCAAGCUCGCCGACAUGUACACAAAGCUGGCAGCCUCGCGGGCCUACACUUACGCCACGGCACGUGAAGUCGACAACGGCGCAGCAUCACCUAAUCCCUUGGUCAUUCGGACGCAGGACUGUGCUGGCGCGAUCCUGUACGCCGCUGAGCGUGCUACUGAGUGUUCACUAGAUGCGAUCCAGCUCAUGGGUGGAAAUGGGUAUAUCAAUGAAAUCCCGGCUGGACGAUUGCUGCGCGAUGCGAAGUUGUACGAGAUUGGCGCUGGUACGAGUGAGAUUCGCCGGAUGGUGAUUGGCCGUGCGUUUAAUAAGGAGUACGCUGCUUAG